AUUUCCCCAAAAUUGUUUCAACCUAAAUCUAGAACAAAUCAUCGGCAACGAACCAGAACUCCAGAAAAACCGACCGGCAACCGGCGACCAGAUCAUCCCUAUCCACCGGAAAUCCAGGGGGUUAAGUGUAAGUAACCGUUUUUCUAUCUUCAAACCGUUUGCAUAGAGAUGACAACAAUCAGAAGAUUUUGCUGCGAUGAUCUUCUACGAUUUUCUUCUGUUAAUCUUGACCAUCUCACUGAAACUUUUAAUAUGUCAUUCUAUAUGACCUACUUGGCACGCUGGCCUGAUUAUUUUCAUGUUGCCGAAGCUCCGGGCAACCGAGUCAUGGGAUACAUUAUGGGUAAAGUUGAAGGGCAAGGUGAAUCAUGGCAUGGUCACGUGACAGCUGUCACAGUAGCGCCUGAAUUUCGUAGGCAGCAGUUGGCGAAGAAACUAAUGAACCUGCUUGAAGACAUCAGUGACAAAAUUGAUAAAGCAUACUUCGUGGACCUCUUUGUAAGAGCAUCAAAUACACCUGCUAUAAAGAUGUAUGAAAAGCUUGAUUAUGUUAUCUAUAGACGUGUAUUACGUUACUAUUCCGGAGAGGAAGAUGGUUUAGAUAUGAGAAAAGCCUUGUCGCGGGAUGUGGAGAAGAAGUCUAUAAUUCCACUCAAGAGGCCAGUUACACCCGAUGAACUGGAGUAUGAUUAGGUCUGGUUGCUAGAACAUACAAGCUUGAAGACAUGUUCGUUGUGAGUUUUGGAUACGUAGUGUUCUUUUCUGUAAACCUGAAUAUCUUUGAGUUUUUAUGUAUUUAUCGACUUUUUAGUUUUACAAGAGCUAUUUGGUACUGGACACAGUUAACUUAUCCUUGGAUGGCGGUUGGUUGAUUUGAAUGCAUUAGUGUUGUUGAGUUCGACGUAA